AUGCAGGCUUUCAGCCGCAGUCGGAAGAUGUUGCACGGCUGCUUCAUGCUUUCAGUUUGCUGCGGUGGUUUUCCAGCCGCCGAGGCCGAGUUCUCCCUGCUGCAGCCUGCGGUGGUCGCCGGCCCGCUGGGCCACAGCGUCCUGCUGCCCUGCCAGCUGCAGGACUCCCAGCAGGAGAAGCUCCUCAACCGGCCCGUCCUGUACUGGGAGGUCGAUGGGAAACAGCUCCAGUUUAACGAGAACAAAACCUCCUCCAGUUCCAACAAAUCUAUUGAGCUGAAGGAGGUGCGAUGGUCCGACGGCGGGACGUACGAGUGCAAACUGUCCAUGAGAACCGACAAGAGGGGAAGCUUCAGACUGAAGGGAAACAGAACCAGGCUCAUCGUCCACGAUACCAUGACCUUUGACCUCUGCAGCCAUAAUGAUUCCCUGCUGCGCUGCGAGGUCAACGUGUCGCAGGAUCCGGGUUUGACUCUGACUCUGACCAGAAACGGCUGCGUGGUGCAGAGCUCCGCCCCCUCAGAGCACAGCGCCACCAACGACCCCGCCAACGACCCCGCCAACGACCCCGCCAACGACCCCGCCAAUGACCCCGCCAAUGACCCCGCCAACGACCCCGCCAAGAACCCCGCCAAGAACCCCGCCACUCUGGCGGCCGCCGUCCCUGUGACGGGCAGCGGGCAGUACGUCUGUCAACUGAAGCUGCACGACGUCCUGAUAACCAGCAGCAACUUCCACAGCCAGCAGGCGGGUGAGCGGCGCCGGUACCCGGAGCCGUGGCUCCUCUACGCGGGCCUCCUGCUGGUUCCGGCCCUGGUCCUGCUGGUCUUGGCGGCGGCCGUGCUGAUGUGCAGAUGAGCUCUCCGGUCCUCCAGGUGGCCCGGUUCUACUG